AUGUGCCCCGGUAACUGGCUCUGGGCCUCCAUGACUUUUAUGGCCCGCUUCUCCCGCAGCAGCUCACGAUCCCCUGUUCGUACUAGAGGGAGCCUUGAGGAGAUGCCCACUGCCCACCAUCCCUUCCUCAACGUCUUUGAGCUGGAGAGGCUCCUCUACACAGGCAAGACAGCCUGUAACCAUGCUGACGAGGUCUGGCCAGGCCUCUACCUCGGAGACCAGGACAUGGCCAACAACCGCCGAGAGCUUCGUCGCCUGGGCAUCACCCAUGUCCUCAACGCCUCACACAGCAGGUGGAGAGGCACCCCCGAGGCCUAUGAGGGACUAGGCAUCCGCUACCUGGGUGUCGAGGCCCAUGACUCUCCCGCCUUUGACAUGAGCAUCCACUUUCAGACAGCUGCGGACUUCAUCCACCGGGCACUGAGCCAGCCAGGAGGGAAGAUCCUCGUUCACUGUGCUGUGGGAGUGAGCAGAUCGGCCACCCUGGUGCUGGCCUACCUUAUGCUGUACCAUCACUUCACCCUUGUGGAGGCCAUCAAAAAAGUCAAGGAUCACCGUGGCAUCAUCCCCAACCGGGGCUUCUUGAGGCAGCUCCUAGCCCUGGACCGGAGGCUGCGGCAGGGCCUGGAAGCAUGA